ACAGACAUAUCGCAGUUUUCUGUGAGGUAACUUCUCCAUGGAAAUCUUUUUGCUGCCUGGACAGAGAUGGAAUAAAAAUAGUACUUAUGUUCAUUAUUAAAGUGGAAGGUGGGGAUACACUGGUAAAUAUUUGUCACUGUUGCAGAGGAUUGAUUUCAGUGACAGCACAUGCUGGGAACUUACUGACUGGAGUAACUUCUGUUACAGAAUUACAGGUUGAAGUCUUUCCCUGGAGUCUCCAGGGUAUGAAUGAGUAAGAGCUGCAAUCAAACCAUCCAACACCUUUGUUUCAGGGUGGAGUUUUAAUGUUUUGCUGUCAGGAUGGAGAGCAGGAUCCCUGUCAUUCUUCUAGCCUGUGGCUCCUUCAACCCCAUCACAAACAUGCACAUGCGGUUGUUUGAGCUGGCUAGAGAUCACCUGCACCAAACAGGAAGGUAUCGGGUGAUUGAGGGCAUAAUGUCUCCUGUGAAUGACAACUAUGGAAAGAAAGGCUUGGUUUCAGCAAGGCACAGGAUAGCAAUGGCUAAACUAGCACUGAAGACAUCUGACUGGAUUCGAGUUGAUCCUUGGGAGAGUGAGCAGGAGACAUGGACAGAGACAGUCAAAGUAUUAAGGCACCAUUAUAAUGAAUCACUCAGAUUGCUCCAGUCCAAGAAGGAAUUCAUGGAAAACAAACAUCCCCAUGAAAGAUCCACCAGGGAUUCCCUUUCUUGCCAGCACCCAGUUCUACCAGAAUUAAAGCUGCUCUGUGGAGCUGAUUUUCUACAGACAUUUAAGACCCCCAAUCUCUGGAAGGAAGAAGACAUCAAAGAAAUAGUGGAAAAGUUUGGUUUGGUCUGUAUUAGCCGGGCUGGCUCUGAUCCCUCUCAGUAUAUCAAGGAAUCAGACCUUUUAACUCAAUUCCAGCACAAUAUCUUCCUGGUGAAAGAAUGGAUUCAGAAUGAAAUCAGUGCAACACGGAUCCGCUCUGCCUUGCGCAGGGGGCUGAGCGUCAAAUACCUGCUGCCAGACUCGGUGAUAGCCUACAUCGCCCAGCACAACAUCUACACGGAGGAGAGCGAGAGGAGGAACGAAGGGGACCUGCUGCAGCCUCUGAAACUGCAGAACCCAGCAGGAACCCCCCCGAGGGACUGAUACCUCCACACACAGCCAGUUUGUCCGCUGGAAUUUCUUCAGCAAGUUGUUUCUUGUUAAUAAAAAGAAAGCACAUCAGUC